AUAUGAUAAGACAGAACAUCUUAUACCCUUGGGUCGACUUAAUAGUUACUGUCUUGUAUAUUACCCAUAGUCUAAGGACCAAAAGUCGAAAUUAAAAUUAUAGAAUUUAAAGUUAUGUUAUGAAGUAAAAAUUACAUAAGUAAUAACAACACGGCCACGUUUUACAGUUCAGGCGUUUUGACGGUUCGGGAUAAAGCUUGAUUUUUUUUCUAUUCACAAUUUGCAACUUCGAUUUUAACACAGUAUCGAGAUGUACUGCAGAGUAUAAGCAAUUGAGCCAUUUAAAAAUCAACGAUGCUGUUAUAAAUAUGGAAGGUACAGUUUUUUAAUUCACAGCAACUUUUAUUAUCAUGUCUUUAAGAAAUCUAAUUCGAACUGUGUGUAGAAGUGCAUCAUCCCCCAAAUUAGUUUUCCAACACCAAUCUCGUAGGUUCGUUGGUGCAUACGACAAUGAUGGUAAAACACAUGUUACUAUGUUAAAUAACAAUAAUAUUAAAGACGGAAUCAUGAUAUCGGCAUAUAGCCAGUUUGGUUUUCGUUUAAACAACAAUUUUCAAGUGCUUGGUCCUAUUAUAUGCUUUCCAAAUUCUAUACUUGCAUGGUAUAUUGACAGCGAUAAAGAUAUCAACGAAGAUUCAUUAUCAUUGUUAUUUCACUUAGAACCCAUGCCUAAUGUUGUCAUUCUGGGUAUUGGUGACAAUAUGUUCCGUAAAUCAAUUGAUAAAUUAGUAUUAAGUGCUACAAAAAAAUAUGGUUGCAAUAUAGAAGUCUUACCAAUAGAUGCAGCCUUGGCGACUUACAAUUUUAUUGUUAGUGAGCAACGUCAUGUAGUUGGAGCAUUUAUUCCUCCUACAAAUAUUCCUGUUAUUGAUGAUGAUGUAAUAACAGCUAAUGCAAGACACAAGAUGAUUUAUGGAAAUACAGUAUCCAGAGAUGAAAUAUGGAAUGAUGAAGAAGAAAGAAGUGAAAUAAUUAGUAAAAAUUAUAAAGAAUUUGCACAAGCUGUAGCAGCUGAAAAAGCAGCUAAAAUUGAAGAAGGAGAAAAAAUGUCUAAAAUACAAAAAUCAAUAAAUAGUCAAAAGCAACCCAAAAAUCCUAAAAACACUAAAUAGUUUUUUUUACUGUAGUAAUUAUUUGAUUUUUGUAUGUAAUUAAAUAUACUCAUAUUUUUGAACAACAUAA